GUCAGUCAUCUUGGAUAUUUAGGAAGGGGCUGACAAUUGCCAAGAUGAAGCACUACGAGGUGAGUGGUCUUUGAAACUCUAAACCAUCAAUGAAACGUCUUAGCAAGCCAAGUUUGAAUUAAUGGUUCCAGUUCAAUAAUUUCUUGUUCAUACUGUAAAGCUAUAUUUUACUCGAACAGCCACAUGUAGGGCUUUUGGCUUGAUCAUUGAGAAUAGCAUGCUGCAGCAGAAGCAGCAUCGCCUGUCCGUCGCUGGUUGCUGUGACCGGGGAUUUGUGGCCUCCUGUGCGCGGACAGCAGCGGAUGUUUUGGCGAAUAUGGUGCCUGAAGGUGAAGCUGCAGUUGUAAAGAACUAUUCUUGCUUUACAUAUUGUGUUUGAUUAAAGCUGAAUUUCUGAUAAAAUAAUCUCCAAGACCUCUGUGUGGGACAGUCCUCUGUGUUAUCUCUGGCUGAGGCUCGUAGCUCCUCUUAUCUCAUAAUUACCCAAUAAUGCAGGUGAACUGUCAAGUGCACGAUCUUAGUAAGCCUCAUGACUUUGAACAUGAUAUUAAGUCAGAGAGAGUUCGUAUUUCCUUUUUAUUUUCUUGACAUAGCCUACCCCUGCGAGCACUGAAAGUCGUGUUAGCCAAUACUUUCAUAAACCAAAACCCAUCAGACAGGAUUUGAAGCAGUGUGACAGAAACUAACCCAACCAGUGGCAGCUCUGCUUCCCUUUCUUUCUGUUGUAAAAUGUGAGUUUUCAACCUGUGAGAGGGGGAAGACACAUGAGUCAAAUUAAAAAAUGUUUAUCAAUUCUUAGAUAGAUCUGAAAUUUUAUCAGACAAAUACUGUAAUGUACCCAGAGAGCACAUGUCAAAUGAUAACACACUAACAGCAGUGAAAGCAGUUGCUUUCAGAUCCUUUUAUUUUCCGUAUUCUGCAAUGAUUUUCUUUUGUUUGUUUGUUAAAAAAUGAUUUGAUAUCAGAGAUAAUUCAUCUAUUGAAAUGAAUCAUCAUCUUACAUUGGGCUCACAGUAUCUCUUAAACUAGACAGAAAAACAUAACAAAACAAGUUUAAGUUUUUUCUUUGAGAAUGUUCUCGAUUAUUUGGAACAGAACUGCAAAUGUUUUUCAAUUUUUUGAUUAGAUUGUAUGUACAUAGUUUCAUUGCUUCAUUGCAUUUACACCAGAUAGCACCAGAGAGCUGCAUUACUUACAGAGUGAUCUGCCUUGCUAUCAUUAUGCAACUGUGUGUAAAAACACCCUCCAAAAAAACAUUUCUUGCUUUUCUGUCUAUCUAUAUAAACAGUAUGUUUCAAGAUUUAAAAGGUGGUCACUUACUUUAUAAAGGAGCGCCCAGGAAAACCAGUAUCUUGCAUUGUCAUUGAUAGUUAUAUAUAUAUCAGCUCCCAGACUGCCAAGCGUGCACUACCCAAACAGACAGUCACUGCCAGACAGAGGCUUUAUAUAGAUGAGAUGGGGGUGGUACAGGGCAGUGGGUAUGCCUGGCACACACAAGACUGCAAUGGGGUCUUUCCUUUAAGUGACUAUUGCAGUGUCAGGUGUCAUGACUGAUCACAGCACACGUGUUUCCAGAAACCAGGAGCCCAAGUUUAACUGUUAAAAAGCACUGAUUGAAAUUUCAGAAAGACUGUCAUGUUGGGUGCUGUUUUGUCCCUUUUCAGAACACAGUAUAAAAGCUUCUGCAUCGUCUUCCUGCUGCCCCUGUUUUGUACUAUAAAGACACCAGUGUGCUUUUCAUUGACACAUUUCACUUUAAAAUAUUAGGAUCCAUCCUUCUUAGGUGUAACAGCAUUUUUCAAUUAAUAGAAUAAAGGAUCUCUUACCUCAGCGUCCUGAUUUCAGAUCAUACUGUAGCAGUGCAGCAGUUUUUUGCAUAAUAAAUGUCAAAGUCAAGACCGUAAAAUACAUUUCAAUGCAUUCAUUUUAUUCCCAAUAAAGAUACUGGUAAGAAUGACUCUACAUUGUUUACAGUAAGUUGAAAAUGGUCUGGAGUGGUAAAAAUGAUUUCAAAUAUGAUGAACUAUUAAAAUGUAGUAGUACACGAUUAUUUAAGAAUAAAUAAAUUCUUUCUCAGCCGUAAUUAUUACUGUUUAAAGCUACAGUGAUGAGGAUCCGAUGGCCUAGUGAUCAUAGUACCCCAUGAACAGAGGCUAUAGUCUUUGUUGCAGGGGUGCUACUAAUUUAAUUCCCAGCCUGCUCCCUACUCUCCACAUUUCAUAUCUUUCUUCAGCUGUUGUAUAAUAGAGGCAAAAAGGCCCCUAAAAAUCAUGUCUCGUAAGCUGCUAUGAUAAGUUUUUAAAAGUCAAAAACUAACACAACCCAGAAACUCUUAGAGCAAUUUUAAGCUUCUUUUUAUAUGAAGACGAUCAUGUCCGUAUUUUGGGAAGCAAUGAAAUUAUCAGGCAGUUUUAUCAAAUGUCGUUAUUCCUGACUCUGCAACCAGCACUUAAGGGAUAUAAGAUGUUUUUAAGAAUUCUAAGUCCAAACCAAGCUAUGAAUUAGUAUAAAUCUUUGACUUGUAAUCCUCUUAGACAGUCUCAGAGUAAACUCUGCCAGCCACAGUUCGAGUGUCCUGAUUUGUUGUUAUGGUUGUCUUAAAGGGAAGGACUUCAACAAGUCAUGGAUAUGACACCGUAAAUUUGUGCUUUCAAAUUCCAAAGUAGAAGACAUGUUUGGCCCGAGUGUCCAUGUCUCCACUUGUGACUGUUUGUCUUUCAUUCACUGUGGAAACUGUAGCCCAUUAGAGUGUGGCGGGGUUGGGCAAGGCUUCCCCAGGGGGAGUUCCCUCACAAAUCCCUCAUAGUCUGGAGUAUUAUCACCCCAUGGUGGUGGGGGAGGGCAACUCCCCCAGCGAGUGGCAGAGAUAUGCUGCUGUUGAGUCAAGUUUCAAGGUACAACACGCUGUAAGAGGCAGGUGAGGUGAGUGAAUGUGGGCUCAAAGGGCAGGGAUGUACAACAGAUCUGUAGAUAGACUGAUGGACGUGUUGCAAAAUAUGAGCUUGUGACAUCACCACACAAGCGUGACUGGAUGGGUAGGUGGGGGGUGUCUUUAGGGAGAGGGCUGGUUAUGCAAAGUUAGCAGUAGAAGUUUAUAUUUAGCUGGGGAGAGGAAGAGAGGGGUCAAACUAGGAAGCGGGAGGGUUAAUGUUUGUCAUUUUACCUCACCUCCAUCUUCCCACUUAGCCAGGGGUUGAGAGGUGUCGUGUGGUCAUCAGGUGUCCUUUUUAGGGGAGGGGUUCAGUUUCCAAACCAAGUCAGUGCCGCUCUGAAAUGUAUCCCUGCUCUCUGCUCUAGAAGUUUCCUUCAUCGGAUACACACAGAUGAUAUACUGUGGGCGGGUGCCAGGGUGAUACUGGGCAUUCCUGUGUAUGCAACUGUGUACACCCCUGUUUCAUAUGUCCGGACUCCACAGUUUGUCUGGCAGUUAAAUAAAGCAGUGAGCAGAAGUGAAGGAAUGAGAGAGGAGGGAGGGUGAGAGAAUGAGAGAGAGGAGGAAGAGGGAGGGGCAGGGGAGGGGGGACAGACAGAUUUAUUUCCACAGCUGAGUGCUGCCUGUCUCCUCUGUGGUUUGACGUGGAUUUUGAAUAAACUAUACAGAGGUGAAGAGAGAAGUGAGGGGAAGAAGAAAAUAAACUGUGCAGGAGGAGGUCUGCGGACAUGGAUGCACUAGCACUAGAGGCCACCGGGGGUAAAAAGUUGGUCAACGGGACAGCGGUGGCGACUGCAGCCACCCCUCUCCUGGUUCCCGCCCCGGUCAAACGUAAACCUGCAAAAAAAGCUAAAAAAGCUGUUGUUUUCUUUGAGGUGGAGAUACUGGACGCCAAAACCAAGGACAAGCUCUGCUUCCUGGACAAGGUGAGGACUGAUUAAUUUCUUUGUUUUUAUGUAACCGCUUCUAAUAUGAUGAACUUAGAGUCUAUUUUUCUUAUUCCGUGAUUUUUUUUUUUUUUAAAAGACGUCUAAGUUCUGUUUGUGCACUUUCAACUGUCUUUGUUGAGUGUCUAUCAUUAUACACAACAGGUGCAUUGACUCUGCUCUUGCAUUAUGGAAAAACUCUGUGUGCAUGCAUGUCAGAUGUUUUCUCCAACAUAGCUGAGCUGAUGUAGGGUUUGCUGUCAGUCAGUGAGUGCAUAAGUGGCAGUGCAAGUGAAUGUAAACACUGUUGGGCUCACUUACCUGGUCAAUGAUGGCACAUGCACUCUCAACCAAACCCAGUCUGUAGUUAGCUUCAGGUUGUACAAACUUAGAGUAUGUUUUACUUUUGAAGUUUGAAAAAAUGAUUAUGAUUAUGCCACGAAACUUUACUUUUCCAUGAGUUUAAUGAGGAUACAUCCGGAUAAAAUCUAUAACUUUAUUAUGGUGCUGACUGCCAGGUGUUGUCUCACUGGCCAUUAUUUCUCUGUUUUCUGUGCUCACUGCUGUUUCAAAUAAGCGCUGCGUAAGAAAAGUCCAAGAACUUAUCCCUCUCUCUGCUUCAGUCUGACAAAUUUGAGCUAUAAAAACUUGAUCAAACAAUUUCUCCUUUUGGGAAUUUUGGGGGAUUCUCAAAAUAUUUGUGGUCACGGCUGGUGGCGGCCAAGCAGGAAAAUAACUAGCGUUAUAAAUGUUUUUGCAUGGAAAUGAAUGAUUUUAAUGAAAAAAAGUACUGAAAUUCUUAAGAUUCUUUAUUGCCUAAUUUCUUUUGCUGAGAUCCUCCUGACAUUUAGUUAUUGAUUUAUUGCACUUCGUGUUGCUGUCACAGUAAUAACAAAUGUAGAAAGUGCAUAUCAGCUUUAACUAGGGGUGGGCGAUAUAGGCACUUACCAGUUGGCAUAGUCAAAUACGAUACUUAACCAAUAGUUUAACUGGUAGGUUAAAGAGAAGACUAGUGGCACCAAACAAGUCUAAAAUGUAGAGACACAGUCAACAUUUGUUAAAAACUCUUAUUGCACAGAGUGAACAGCAGCAGAUCUCCUGUCCGGCAUACCUGAUUGCACUCGAUAAUUUCCCGCCCAUCCCUAGCUUUAACUUCCAUCUUCCUGUCUGCUUGCAUCACUAAAUGUUUUACACAGAACCCUUUAUUUGCCCCCCAAAGACAAAAUAAUAAAUUAUUAAUGUUCUUUGCUGCUAAAGUGGCACUCAUUUAUCAGAGAUGACAUAGAUUAAGCAUAAUCUUUCUGCAAAUCAUAAGUCUAAAUGAAAGCCCAUUAUUCCCAGGUAAGUUUUGCAAUUUAACAUGUAUAUUUUUUCCCUGUUUUUGUGAUUUAAACAUUUGCCAUUUUAUUGGUCUGUUUCUAAUUUAGACUUGUAGUUGUUAUCUUAAAUCUUUUUGCUGCUUUUUUAAAAUUCCUACUAUUUUACACCAGAGUUCCUGUUUUUGCUCAAUUAACUGGAAGAAAAACUGCUGUUAUUACAUUUCUCGCUCUUUCUCCCGUAGUCCAUGGCGCAUUGAACAUCACAAGAUACUGAACUAAGCGCAAUGCCAUCUGGUAUUUCAAAAAGGUGUUAGGGUUAUUAAAAGGUUAUUACAGCAACAACAAGUAGUGCAGAAAAACAGCUGAUUUAGCAAUGAAUGAAAAAACAGCUGCAGUAAAAAGGAUCACUGUUGUGUAAGGCCCUUUUAUUUUGAAAGUUCUUUAAUUCUUUAAUUGGUGCUUUGACUGUACUCAGUGAAGGGGUAACCUGCUUCAAUAUGUGAAUGUCAGGUCUGUAAGUCAGAGGCUUCGAUGUAAUGUUGGUGUCAGGCCUGAUAGUGUUCGGAGGGGACUUAGCCAAGUGUAUGGGGGUGUUAGUCUGCCAGCCGGACAGACUCAGCUUAUCGAAGGUUACCCCUCAGGAUCACAAAGAGUAAGGUGCUAUCCUCAUUGGAUUAUAGCCUGUUGUCGGCUUAGAAGAGUUUCCAUGGUGAUAGUGUGUUCAAUCUUAACACCUGCUGCAAGGGCGGGCAGACGGAGAAUUGGAUUUGGUCAGAGGGGCAAGAUGAGGGGCUGGUUUCUGUACACAGUUGAACCAACAGACAGAGUUAGAAAUAAAACUGUAUCAUGUCUGGUUUAGGCUUCUAGAAAAGCCUUCAGAGAGGGGAGGGGAAGGGGGCUGUUGGGGUCACAGAUAGGUGGUUCCUCAAUGAUGUCACCCUGCUGAAAAUGGCAUAUGGUCCACAAGACGCCGCGAGGAGAAGCCAAGUCUGUUCCAGCAGCAGACCUCUUCACUCUUUCACACAUUUACAGUCUGUGAGCAGCUUCAACACACUGUACAAAUGAACACACAGUACAAAUCUGUCAAAAAGGGAACUUUCUAAAACUUUAAAAAUGGAACAGACUUCAUUUGAUAUCUUAUAUCUAGAGCCACCUCACUGUUUACUCUGAGCAAUGCUGGGUAUUUAGCCUGGGCUUAAAAAAAGAUCCAUACCAGCCUUUUAUUGUUGAUGUGGCAAAACUCUUACACUCUUUGCUUUAGCAGCUGUACACACUUCAAAUGGUCAUGAGCAUUUCACUUUUGAAGUUUGAUGGGAUUCAAGGCUCAGUGGUCAUUUGCAUGUCUGAGAUAUUUUACUUGCUGAAUGUGUGCACAAAAGAGCCAAAAUUACUCAUUGACAUAAUGAUGUUUUCAUCCAUUUUGAGCCCAUGAAGAGAUUUUUAGCAGGUUAUAAAUCAGACCAGAACGUAUACUUCUGAUGCCACUGUAUGACUCACAAGGCUUUGCCUUAUUGCCACCAUCGUGUGACAUUUAACCAGUUAGACAGUGCUGUGGGCAGGACAUUCGGUACAGUCUAUGGGUAAGACACAACAGUGCAAGGAAAACUGACCCAGGUAGAAAGACACACUGACCGUAAAAUUUUGCCCGAAAUUGCUGUGGCACAGCAGAUGUUGCUUACAGCCCAAAGUGACUCGAUAAAUUUCUAUAAAUUUCAUAAAGAUCACUGGACCUAAUGAUAAAAAAGUCACUAUUUUGGUGAUGUUACUGAUAUCAAUUAUUGCAUUCCUCAUAAAAUGUGUACAGAAAUGUGUGUCACUUUUGUAUUGUUCUGGUUUUCAAAAACAGGUCUUUUUUAUGACUUGAACUGAGCCAUGGAAGUAAUUACAGUAUCAACAGUAUCAACCACUGGUAUCACCUGAGCAGUAUAUUUUCCCCUUUAUUGCAGUGGUUAAUAGGGGUAGGAGAAAAAAUCAAUAAAGCAUAGUAUUGCAAUAUUUUGUUUGGUGAUUCAUCUCAUCAUCUCAUUUCAUUAACCAAUAUCAAUUUUCAAAUUAAUUGCUAAUAUAAAGUCAAAUCGAUGAUAAUGGAAAAUAAAAAUCAACUGUUUGUCCAGUGAGGUUGGCAGAGGUGACAUCAUAGAGCACAAGAAAGUUAGUACAACAAAUAUAUAAAAGAUUUGUAGGAUGUGCUACAUGAAAAUAAAAUACAGUGUAAAUAAGACAAACAUAAAGGAAAGACAAAUGCUAAAUUAGCUUAACAGUUUUAAAAAAAUGUAUAAAUUGCAAUAUAUUGUAUCACAAUACUCACUGUAUUGCAAAAUGUUAAAAAUCACAAUAAUAUCGUAUCGUGGCCAAAGUAUCAUGAUAAAAUUGUAUAGUGUGGCCACGAGUAGUUAAAUCAAGGAUGGUGAAACAAGUUGGUUGUCAAGUUGUCUUUAACAGCAGCCGACUGUCAUAGUCAGCAGAUUAGCGUCUUUUCAAAGCCAAACCACCUCUCUGUAAGUGAGGAUGAUAUUAGGAUGGUUAUGAUGAUGGUGACAUUUUGUCGACUGUCUUUUAACUAACUCCAGCCGUGCAGCCAGCUAUGUUAGCUUAGUUUGUUUUGACCACUGCAUUUUUUUAAGGUGCUUCAACAGUGCAGAAGUCAGUCCCAAUGGGCUUGGUUAUAUUCAGCGAAUGUGUGUUGAUUCUCAAGAUGGAUUCAGAUGGGUUUUCUUUGCAAAAUGUGUGACACUCAAAUCUGAUGUUUGCGUUAUAUGUGUGAAAAGCUAAGGACAUACUACAGCCGGCCAAACAGAGUAUAUCAUUUUCUGUGUUCAGGAGGUGUUUGGGCUUAUAUAUGUAAAAAUGAUACAAUAAAUAAAUCAGUGAAAUGCAGAGAUGGAGAUUGUCAACUGGCUGAGUUGUAGCAGUCAGAGUCACUUCAUGUAAUGGAAAAAGUCAAUGCCAAGGUAGUACGUGUGUGUAUCCAGACUUUCAUAUUUCAGUUUUGUUGUCAUUGUGUUUAUAUUUGGGGUUAUUUUCCAUUGUUGCCCGUCCUCUCACAAGGUCAUGUACUGAGCUUGUUCUAAUGUUUGUGUGUUGCUUUGUGUUUUAGUGUGUGUGUGUGCUGCUUGGCUGUGUGAAACCCCAAUACCAGCUGUUAAAUAGCCCACAUCCAUUGGAUGUGUGGGCACAGCCAGGGCUAAAUUUAUCACUAAUCACCAUCUCAAUAGGAAAAAAAACAGGGUUAUUAUCUGUUCCUGCUGGUCUGUGUAUGUGUGUGUCCCUCUACUUAUUAAUUGUGGUGUUAUUUGUAGGUUGAGCCAAAUGCCACCAUCGGGGAGAUAAAGUCUAUGUUCCACAAGAGCCGUAAGUGUGGUUUCUCUCUUCAGUCUCCCUUGAGACUUUGUCAAUCUUGAAACUGCUCUGAAAAAAUUCUCACUCUGUUACUAUUUUUACAUCAUGUGUUUGUUUCAGAUCCUCAGUGGUAUCCAGCCAGACAGUCCAUCCGCCUCGACCCCAGUAAGUGAGCCAGACUGUGGUUGUCAGUCAGUCAAGCAGUCAAAGCAUCAGAGUGCCCUCUGAUAUUGACUCCUAGUUGACUUUUUAUGAGUUUUCUUAUUACAUGAAGUAAAUGUAUGUGUUUCAGAGGGGAAAUCCCUGAAGGACGAGGAUGUUCUGCAGCAUCUUCCUGUGGGAACCACAGCAACCUUCUAUUUCAGAGACCUUGGAGCUCAGAUCAGCUGGGUCACAGUGAGUAUAACACACAGCUGACCAGAGAGCAGAGCAUAACAGGCAGGUACAGCAGAGUUGAAAGCACUCACACAUUAGAUCCAAGUGGGCUCAAGUGAAGCUUUACUGAGAUUACCUGCUGGGCAUAAAGAGAGCGUGUGGAGAAGUUUCCUCUGAAGCUGAUAUGCUGCAGCAACAAGUCAACAAAUAAACAUAUCAGUAAUAUGAUGCAUGGUCACAUAGGCAAGAAACAGAGACUGCACAGCCCCUCCCAGCCUACCCAUGGGGACUGCAUCUCAAUACUCUUCACUGUUCUCCUUAUUUGCAUUGUGAAAAUGCUCUUGUUCAUGAUGGAGUGACAUUGUUAUAGAACCAGUCCACUAUGGAAGAUGGACUAAUCAUAGACUCAUCCAGUCCUUUUGUAUGUCUUCAGGUCUUCUUGACAGAGUAUACUGGUCCGCUGGUCAUCUACCUGAUGUUCUACUUCAGAGUUCCCUUCAUCUAUGCGCCGAAAUAUGACUUCACCACCAGUAAACACUGGGUGGUUCAGUGAGUGUCUCCAACACACUUCCAUUUUGUGACUGUCAACCAGUCACAAAAAACACAAUAGUAACUUCUGUUAAUUCUGAUUAUCUCAAGCUCCACUUCUUAUCAAUCAUUCCCUCUGAGUCUGUUGUUUCUGGAGAGUACAGAGAUCAUAGAUAUUCUACAACCUAAUAAUGAAUCAUAUGAUCAUUAUUGCUGUUACAUAUCAGACAGUGGUCACAACAGUAGCCUGUUUACAUCAUGGAGAACUUCUGACUGACACCAUGUGCCUGUAUCCUCGUUUGAUAACCAUGAUUGAGCUGACACACGUGUCUGUGCUGUUUGCAGCCUCGCAUGCAUGUGUCACUCUUUCCACUACGUCAAGAGGCUCCUGGAGACGCUGUUUGUCCAUCGCUUCUCUCACGGGACGAUGCCGUUACGUAACAUCUUUAAGGUAAGCUACCUCGCCCCUUACUCAGACUCAUACGUUAUACCUGGCUGUGCACAAGGAAGCCUCAUGGAUCGACUUCUUGUCAUUUUCUCAUUAUCAGAACUGUACCUACUACUGGGGCUUCGCAGCAUGGAUGGCCUAUUAUAUCAACCACCCGCUGUACACACCGCCAAGUGAGUGAUCUUUCAUCCAAACACGGAUUUAUAAAAUGUGUCGCCAUUAUUUUUUUGUCAUUCCUUAUGUUUACUGUUUUCUUUUGCAGCCUACGGUGAACAACAGAUUCGACUGGCCCUCAUUGUGUUCUUGGUAUGAUUUUUUUUAUAUCUUUGUUCUUAAGUUUCUUAAGUUAGUCAUAGUUACUAUUUGAAAAAAAAAAGAUAAGGACCGUCUAUGUUUUUCGGUCAGUUUUUUCUCAAUGUCAGAAGUGUAUUAGAAGAGUUUUUUUCUUCUUUCAAAAGCAGCUAACUUUGACUCUAACCCCAAAUUUCCACCGCAUAUGAACGGCUCCUCUGCAGAAUGGCUGUGAUUUUUGCCGUCCGCCAAUUCCUGCGUGUGGCUUUUGGACAGCGGGAGUCGUGGAAACUCACAAGAACCCGCAGAUUCACAUGCAAUCGCGCUAUAACGAGUUGUCUCUAUAAAGACAGCCACAUACCCAUAUAAGCAGUAGAUUGUGUCCUUCCAGAGGAGAAAAUCCAGUCUGUUCAGACAACAGUGGUACUAAUUUGUAACUUAUCAUCCACUCCCAUUACUCCUGCUGUGGAAUCCCACGCUAUAUCAGUUUUAUGACUGCCCUUGUUUAAGGGAUGAGACGGGUCAUAGAUUAUUCAGUGAUUUUGGACCUUCAGAGUCAGUAUCUCCUCAUUUAUGGUGUCAGGUGGGUGAAAUGAAGUCUGAAAACCUUUGACUUGUUCAUCCCCGCCCAUGUUUACAUGGUGUGAAAUAUGAUCCAACCGCAACACGUAGAAUUUUAUUUUGAAAAGAAGACUGGCGUUUUAUUUCGUGUCUGUGCCUGUCUUCCUUUCCAGCAUUGGCUAAUCCAUGCUGAAUUUAUGCUGCAUGCUGCAGCAUCCAGAAAAAAUAAAAAUCUGGCAAUCACGAAGCCCGCUGAACUGCAGGGGGCCGGAAGGAAGCCCUAGGAAAUUGACACAUUAACUUGAAUGGAAACGAUCAAUGGCAAUUGGUACCGACGGCCUUUUCGUCGCCGUUCCGCAUGAGGGGGAAAUUGGGGGUUAGUGUAUCCUCUUAUCUACUCCAUUUCAUUAUCAAGUCACUCUUGUUGCUUUUUCUUCUUCAGUUCUGUCAGAUCGGGAACUUUUCCAUCCACAUUGCUCUCCGCAACCUCCGUCCACCAGGUACAUACACCUACAACACACACACGCUUUCAGUUUUCUCCCUUGCAAUGUACAGUUUAUGUAAUGCCUUGUUUAGAAAAUUAAAGCUGCUCUUACUGUCAAGAUUAUUUGUGGUACUUUUUGAGAUAUGUGUCAAAGUCAUCUCCAAAUUUAAGGCUAGUGAAUCUGAAAUACGAUGUAUCCAGGUAUAUUUAUGUAGCUUUAAAUGAAAUCUCAAAAAAUUACAUGAAAUCUUCAAGUAAUUCUCUGUAAGACUUAAUAAGUAAGAUGAGACAUGGUUUGGGUGAAGUAACAUCAAGCUGACUUACUCUUUUGUCUGUUUUACCACCUCUGUUCAGGCUCCAAGACAAGGAAGAUUCCUUAUCCCACCAAGAAUCCCUUCACCUGGAUCUUCCUGCUGGUCUCCUGCCCUAACUACACCUAUGAGGUAACAGGUUUUAUUCAGUAGACGAUGGCUGAUAAAUAUCAAAAAUUUGUUGGCAGUGUAGGUCAUGAACGUAGUCUUAGUUGCAGUUGAAGCUGCUGCCCUCUUGUGGUAUUUGUCUGUCUGUAACAUCUCUCCUCUUUCUCCUGCAGCUGGGCUCCUGGCUCGGCUUCACCCUGAUGACCCAGUGCCUGCCGGUGGCCUUCUUCACCUUGGUGGGUUUCAUCCAGAUGACAGUGUGGGCCAAGGGGAAGCACCGCAGUUACCUGAAAGAGUUCCGUGACUACCCUCCUCUUCGCUCGCCCAUCCUGCCCUUCAUCCUGUAGUGGAAGACUCGACUGCUCCCUCACCCGUUCAGCGCUCCCCUUUUUAUAGAAGUCAAGUACAUCCCUCCCUCUGCUUCCCCUGGCCCUCAUUGAGAUGGUGUUCAUCCCUUUUUCAUCCUUGAAAUCCACACUGGAACUGAUAGACUGACUGAAAAAGCCUGAACCUGUCCCCCUCCUCUAUUUUCUGACCUCAGAUCCCCCCCUCUGUCUUUGAUCCUGUCAUGUUGAGGGAAAAAUAUUUCCAAAAAGGAAACUAACCUUUCUUUUAUAUCACAACACACUGUAAACUCAUUGAGAUUGGUUGAUUUGUUUUCUCAGUGCAGGCUUGGCUUUCAGACUUCCUGGUGUUUGCUUAAAAUGUACUGUACAUAAAACAGUGAGACUUGUUAACUCACUCUGGUGUUCUCUAAUACUGUUGUUCUUGUGCUGAAUCUGCAUCUGAUGAUGUUUGGCAAAACUUAACUCUUCAGCUUUGAUAUCCAUUAAUCUAAAUUUAAAACAUGGCAGCACUGACUUUUGUUGACAUCUGAAGUAAUUUAUUAAAAAAAAAGGUACAUCAGUGUCUUGUUGUCUUGCUCUGUCUGGUUACGCUAUUCCCUAAAAAAAAAAAAAAAGUUGCACUUUUGUCUGAUCACACACAAGCUUUGUAUGAUGAGAAAUUUUGAAGGCUUAUUCAGGACAGACCAAACCUGCAGUAAUGUGGCAGUCAAGUUUAUGAGUGCUUCAAACUCUGAGUAAAGAAAUGCAAUUUUUUUUUCUUCACAAAAGCAGAAAAGAAAACCUUUUGGUCAAAAGCCAGAGUGGUGUAUAUUUUUUAAGGGAAAUAUGUUGCCUCUUGUUUAGAUGAAAAGUUGCUCUGGUUUGGGAAUGGCAGUUUUAACAGAAAAUCAAAGUAAUUUCGACAAUAGCCACAUAAAAAGUAAUUAAAGUUUGUCACUCUGGCUGAUCAUGAACUCAAUGAUUCCUGGAUAAUAUUUUUUGCUAGAUUUCUUUUUUCGUUCUGAAAUUAAAAUUAAAAAGGCCAGAGGUUGGAGAGCUUGAACUAUCUUGUUUAUUGUGAACAGCAGCACAUAUAUACAGAGAAGAAGAGAAUAUCAGAGGAUGUCCUGAUCAUGCAGCUUCAGCCUGAGCCUCGGUUCUCUUCUUCCUCAGCUGGAGCCUCCUCUCUCUCUCAUACUCUUUCAUACGCAUCACAUAGCUGGAGAUAAAAAAAACAAAAACACAUGCAGCAUAAAUAAAUGAGGAUGUGCUAAUUUGUCACAACUCUUUCUUGAAUGACUCAAGUGCUUUCACAAGUUGGACACAAACCAGGUGAGAACAGUGGCAAGCUUUCAAAAUAAAUCUGGUUUUCUUUACUUUUAUCAGGCAAUAUCAUUUUGGUCUGUCUUAUAAACCAACAUAACAAUCCUCACAGGAACUUUAAUACUUAUUCUGCUGCCACUAGCUGCAUAGUGUUAUUCUGUACCACGUGUUUAUAUUCUUUUCAUUUAUUUCUCCUUCACAUUUCUGACCUGCUGUUGCAAAAACAGACCCUCCUGUGAAAUAUAAAUCUAAUAUCAGUGAGUUUGCUGUCAUUAACCUUGUAAAAAAAUUGACUCAACCAGCCCUUUUUCAGAUCCCCACUCCAACACUUACUCCUGGUGUUGGCAGUAGUCCCAGUCAUGUCUCUCAUGCUUGCAGGCAAAGAUGUUGGGCCAGUUGUCCCUCUUGCACUUCAUAAAUUUUAUUAGGUAGUGAGCACAGUAGUCCCUCUGCCCCACAGGCACCUGGGCCAUGUUC